AUGGCGUUUGAAACUAUGCACACUAUGACCAAUCUUCUGAAGGGUAGAGAAGGCCAUAUGGCUCUUAAACUAGGCAUGAGUAAAGCCUAUGAUAGGCUUGACUGGUCCUUUUUAGUAGUUGUUAUGACAAAGUUGGGUUUUGUAAAGAAAUGGGUUGAUAUUAUCAUGAGAUGUGUGACUUUAGUUUCUUACUCAAUCCUUAUCAAUGGAAUUCCUCAAAACCCUUUCUUACCAUCUAGAGGCAUUAGACAAAGGGACCAUCUCUCUCCCUACUGGUUCAUCUUAUGUGUUGAGGUUCUAACCAAGUUAAUUCAAAAAGCUGAAAGUAGAGGAGCAAUCACAGGUUUCCCUAUUGGCAGGUCAGGUUUGCACAUGAGUCACCUAUUCUUUACAGAUGACUGUCUCUUGUUUUGCAAGGCAAACCCUCUAGAGUGGAGCAGGUUACUCUUUUCAUUGGAGACUUAUGAACAAGGCUCUGGUCAAAGACUUAAUGAGGACAAAACCUUUAUCUUUUUUAGCAAAAACGUAAGGAAUGAAGCAAAGGAUCUGAACAUAGUAGUUGCAGGUAUCAAAUCUUCUCAAUCUUAUAACAAGUACCUUGGCUUACCAGCUCAGAUAGGGAGAGACGUAAUCAAAGGCUUCAAAAGUAUCAUUGAUUGA